UCAAAUCCGGUUAAAGCAGUUCUUCAAGUUGGAGAAGUGUACAGUUUUAGAAUUUGAGGCUGUUUGUACCUCACCUUUUCAGCAAAAAUGGGUGACCCCGUUGUCAACUAUACUUCACGACUUCAGCAACAGGAAAGAGAAAUCAAGUUACUCCAAGAUGAAAUAGAGAGACUGAGAGAUCCACAGGAGCUGAACUUCAUGUCUUCACAGCUGGAUGAGUUGCAGGAGGAGAAUUCCCGUCUGAAGUAUCGCCUCAACAUUCUGAAAAGAAGUUUACAGGAGGAGAUGAGCCAAAACGGCAAGGCGAUGUUGAACAUCAACCAGUGUUUGCAGCAGAUCUUUGGGGAGGCCAUCAGUACCGCCUACCCUGGCCUAGAGAACGCUCCACUUAUGGUCACCCUUAACCAGCAGGCCAAAUUUGGUGAUUACCAGUGUAAUAGUGCCAUGCCAAUGGCUCAGAUGAUGAAAGCUAAAGGACAGAAGGUCAGCCCCAGGGAGAUAGCAGAGAAAAUUGUCCAAAACAUUCCCAACAAUGAGUUAAUUGAGAGAACAGAAAUUGCAGGGCCAGGGUUUAUCAACGUUCAUCUCAAAAGAAUGUUUGUCUCUAAACUCCUCUCAAACCUGCUUGUGAAUGGAGUGCAGCCUCCAUCUUUGAAGAAGAAAAAGAAGGUUGUUGUGGACUUCUCCUCACCUAACAUUGCCAAAGAGAUGCAUGUGGGUCACCUGCGGUCCACGAUUAUUGGAGACAGCAUGUGUCGACUCUUUGAGUUCCUGGGUAAUGAAGUGCUAAGGUUGAACCAUGUUGGAGACUGGGGGACACAGUUUGGGAUGCUCAUUGCUCAUUUGCAAGACAAGUUCCCAAAUUAUCUCAGUGUUUCCCCACCUAUUGGUGACCUUCAGGCUUUCUACAAAGCGUCAAAGAAAAGGUUUGAUGAGGAUGAGGAGUUUAAGAAGAGGGCCUACCAGUGUGUGGUUAAACUACAGAGCAAAGAGCCAGACUUCAUCAAAGCCUGGAACCUCAUAUGUGAUGUUUCACGCAAUGAGUUUCAAAAGGUCUACAACUGCCUGGAUAUCCGCAUAGAAGAGAGGGGAGAGUCCUACUACCAGGACAUGAUGACAGUUGUGGUAAAAGAGUUUGAGGAAAAAGGUCUGGUGCAGUUAGACGAGGGCAGGAAGAUAGUGUUUGCUCCGGGCCAGUCUAUUCCCCUGACAAUUGUCAAAUCGGAUGGAGGCUACACUUAUGAUACCUCCGAUCUAGCUGCCAUCAAAAACAGGCUGUUUGAUGAGAAAGCUGACAUCAUCAUCUAUGUGACCGACAGUGGCCAGGCAGUGCACUUCCAAGUGGUCUUUGCAGCUGCUCAGCUGAUAGGCUGGUAUGACCCCAAGGUCACACGGGUAGAACAUGCAGGUUUUGGUGUGGUGCUCGGGGAGGACAAAAAAAAGUUUAAGACUCGUUCAGGAGACACGGUUCGUCUAAUGGACCUUCUGGAGGAGGGUCUGAAAAGAUCCAUGGACAAACUGAAGGAGAAGGGGAGAGAUAAGGUUCUGACCCCGGAAGAGCUGUUGAAGGCUCAGCGUGCUGUGGCUUUUGGGUGCAUUAAAUAUGCAGACCUUUCACACAACCGCAUCAAUGACUACAUCUUUUCCUUCGACAAGAUGCUAGAUGACAGGGGAAACACUGCGGCCUAUCUCCUCUAUGCCUUUACACGCAUCAGGUCUAUAGCUAGACUGGCUAACAUCCAGGAGGCCACCUUGCACAAAGCAGCCGAGACCACAGAGGUCCUACUGGACCAUGAGAAAGAGUGGAAACUGGGUAAGUGCAUCCUGCGCUUCCCUGAAAUUCUGCAAAAGAUCACAGAUGACCUGCUGCUUCACACAUUGUGUGACUACCUCUACGAGCUGGCCACCACCUUCACAGAGUUCUAUGACAACUGCUACUGUGUGGAGAAGGACCGGCAGACAGGGGAAGUGGUUAAAGUCAACAUGUGGCGGAUGCUCAUCUGUGAAGCCACCGCAGCAGUGAUGGCCAAAGGUUUUGACAUUCUGGGUAUCAAUCCAGUUCAGAGGAUGUGAACUGGUCAGUGCCUUCUUCCUCUGAACACGAGACCUUUUUGAAAAAAA